GCUUAAGCCAAUAAUUGAAAGCCCAUUCCAUUAUUCCCAACCCAAAAAAACAAAACCAUUUGAUCCAACAGACACACUCCCUCUCUCUCUUGAUCAUUCUCUCUCAGUGCUCUCGAUCUCCAUCUGCAACUUCCUUGUCUGACAGAUCCUGUGUUCCGGAGAAAGGAAAGGAAAGGAAAGAUGUCGGGGCAAACGCAGCGUCUGAACGUGGUCCCCACCGUGACGAUGCUGGGAGUGGUGAAGGCCCGAUUGGUCGGCGCCACGCGCGGCCACGCGCUCCUGAAGAAGAAGAGCGACGCGCUCACGGUGCAGUUCCGCCAGAUCCUGAAGAAGAUCGUCUCCACAAAAGAAUCCAUGGGCGACAUCAUGAAAACGUCGUCGUUCGCGCUUACCGAGGCCAAGUACGUCGCCGGCGACAACAUCAAGCACGUCGUCCUCGAGAAUGUGAAAGAGGCCUCCCUCCGCGUCCGCUCGCGCCAGGAGAAUGUCGCCGGCGUGAAGCUCCCGAAGUUCGACUACACCGCCAACGCCGACGCCACGAAAAACGACCUCACCGGACUCGCACGCGGAGGGCAGCAGGUGCAGCAGUGCCGCGCCGCGUACAUAAAGGCCAUCGAGGUGCUCGUCGAACUUGCGUCCCUUCAAACAUCGUUUCUGACUCUGGAUGAGGCCAUCAAGACCACGAAUCGUAGGGUUAACGCUCUGGAAAACGUGGUGAAGCCGCGGUUGGAGAACACGAUUAGUUACAUCAAGGGAGAGCUGGACGAGCUGGAGAGGGAGGAUUUCUUCAGGCUGAAGAAGAUUCAGGGGUAUAAGAAGAGGGAGAUUGAGAGGCAGAUGCUGCAGCAGAACAACUCCAAGCUUGACACUAAUCUCCCUUUGCGCAAAGGUCUUUCCUACAAUUCUGCUCACAACUUGUUGUCUGUGGGUGACAAAGAUGAGGAUAUCAUUUUCUGAAUGUGCUGCUGCUGCUGCUGAUGGGUGAGACUGAGACUACUCUGCUAUUGUUUAGGUCUCAGUUGAGUGUAUCAUGAAUAAAGGAUGAUACUGGUUAGUAUAUGUUUAUUUAUUUCUUUGUUCAUUUAAUUCAGACAUUCAUCGUUUUUAAGUAUGUGAUCUUAUGGAAGAUUUUUGAAGUUUUUGUGAUUAGCUGUAUUUUCGUUUCGAAAUAUAUUACAUCUCAAAAGAGUUAUGAGACUUGUGGAAAGAAAGGCAUAUUUUUUGAAGUUACCUUUUGAGAAUAGUUA